AUGACAAAAGACACCCUUUCCAACCCACCCGGGCUACAGCCCAGCGCCACAACCAAACCCUCAAAAACAACCACCACCACCCUCCCAAGCCACCAAGCCCGCCUCGCCAGCCGCGCCAACCAAAUAACCAACACCGCCGGCCUCGCCCCAGGCUACCUGCAAGCCAACCUCCUAAUCCUCCCCGCCCGCUACAGCCAAGACUUCCACCAACUCUGCCUGCGCAACCCCGUCGCCUGCCCCCUCCUCGGCGUCUCCCACCAACCCGGCAACCCCCACCACAUCCAACCCGAAGGCUGCAUCACCACCGCGGAGGAUUUCGACAUCCGCACCGACUGCCCCCUCUACCGCAUCUACAAGCACGGCAAACCCAUCGCCACGCACCAGAAGAACCUCCUCCCCUACUGGCCAAACGCCACCCCCACCCCCACACCCUCCCCAUCCCCUCAACCUGUACAGCAUGAAGAAUACGUAUCUUUCCUGAUCGGCUGCUCCUAUUCCUUCGAAUCCGCCCUCACCACCGCCACCCUCCCCCCGCGCCAUCAAAUCACGGGCUGCCUCGUCCCCAUGUACCGCACCAACAUCCCGCUCCUCCCCGCGGGCAUCUUCACGGGUGGACGCACCGUCGUCUCCAUGCGCCCUUACCCGGCCCACGAAGUGGAGCGGGUCCGCGCCCUGACGCGGCCGUUUCUGGCCACCCACGGCGAGCCGGUCGACUGGGGGUGGGAGGCGCUCUCCCGGUUGGGGAUUAGGGAUUUGCAGGCGCCGGAUUUUGGGGAGCCAGUGCCUGUGGAAGAGGGGGAGGUUCCGGUUUUUUGGGCUUGCGGGGUUACGCCGCAGUUGGCGGUGGAGGCUGCCGGGGAUAAAAUCGAGGGGUUGGUGUUUGCGCACGAGCCGGGCCAUAUGUUGGUGACGGAUUGGAGGGAGGAGGAUUUGGUGCGGUUGGGGCGGGGGUUGGGGGUUUGA